GCUCAAUUCCUCGGGCAAACGGCUGACGCCUGCGCAUAUCUCCACCAACAAGGAAUUAUGCACCGAGACCUCGAGCCCGCGAACUCCCACCACUCAAUCCUGGGUGCUCCCGGUUCAGCCCAGUUUCAGGUUUACAUUGGCCAGGCAAAAAGGGCAGCUUCAAGCGAGAACCACAUGGUCGGCACAAUCACCUAUCUUGCCCCGGAGACAAUGCUGCUGAAGGACCGUCCACGCCCCACCAAGGUCGACAUCUGGGCUCUCGGUCUUUGCUGCUGGCAGGUCUUGGUAGGUCGUACGCUCACAGACAACGACCAGGCCAUGCAGGUCGCCCGGGAAGUCGUCGAGGAAUUCGGCCAGAACCCCAGU